GUCGCACUUUACGUAAAAAUGUCUCUUACCAUUUACUUUGCGAUUUCUGCAUUGUUCCAGAUUUACGCGACUGUUUUUUCUGUGGCUACUGAACCGGUUUGUUCCAAAUUUUCUUACGAGGAAAAACUUCUCGAGAAAAUGAUACGCACAGAGAUUAAAGUAGAAACAAUGCAAAACGAAAUAAAGAAAACAGAAGAAACUGUCAAGAAUACUCUUGUGGAAAUAAAGAAUACAGCGUUGGGAAUUCACGAUAAGUUCGAGAGCUUCAAAGAUAAUCUAACGGGAGAGACUGCAGCACAAAUAAAAACACUACAGGGGGAAACGGAAGAUCAACUCGAAAACAUAUUUGACGAACUGAAAAUCAAUCUCACGAUGAAAGUUGGAAACGAAAUGGACAGCUUUGUGGCAAAGCUUAAAGAAACAGUUUUACUGCCAAGUAUAGCAUUCCAUGUUCACAGUCUCAAGGAUUUAGUCCUUGAUACCAUCCGAGAAGUUCUAGUAUUUGAAAGUAUAAUUACAAACGAGGGAUCAGGAUAUGACAAAACAACAGGAAUCUUCACAGCGCCUAUUGCGGGAGUUUUUUCUUUUCUGUACAUGUUUGUACUACAAAGGCAAAAUUUUCUCCUAUUGGACUAG